GCCUACAGGACUGCCCUCCUCCCUCCUCCCUCCCCCGCAGCAGCCCGCACACACUCGGCUGUCGGCUCGUUUCCACGGCGGAGACCUGUCGUCCUCUCUCCCCCCUCUUUACAAUUCCUUCAGUUUUUCCAAACCUUACCCCUCUCUUUCUUUCAAAUGGCCGCGCGUGGCGUGAUUUGCAUUCAGCAGCGCAAUAGUUAAAGAGUGCCGGAUGCGCCCUCACUCCAGCAGACCGCUACAGUACGAAGAUGGCGUCGGAGGGAGCCAGCGGGGAGCAGCCUCCUCCGGUACAAACACUGGCAACCGCCGUGCUUGGAAGUGUCGACACGAAAUGUGAGUUCAACAUGGAUAACCUGAGCAAGCCGGAGCUGCUCACCCUGCUGAGUAUCAUGGAGGGAGAGCUGGAGGCUCGCGACUUGGUCAUAGAAGCCCUGAGGGCUCAAAGAAAAGAAGUGUUCCUCCAGGAGCGGUAUGGUCACUACAGCCUGACAGAUCCCUUCCUGGCUCUUCAGAGGGACUUUGAGUGCGGGGUCCCUGGAGGAGACAAAGAGCGGCGGCCCCUGGGCUCCAGCCCCAUUUCUGUCCUAGAGGCCGUUAUGGCUCACUGCAGGAAGAUGCAGGAGCGCAUGUCGGCCCAGCUGGCCGCCGCAGAGAGUCGUCAGAAGAGGCUGGAGAUGGAGAAGCUGCAGCUCCAGAGUCUGGAGCAGGAACAUCGCAAGCUGACGGCGCAGCUGAAGGACGAGCGUGAGAAGAACAAGCACAUCGUCAUGAUGUUGGUAAGAGAGUGCAAGCAGCUCGCCACGCGCGUAGUGGAGGAGUCGCAGCGCUUCGACGAGCUCCAGGCUCGCCUUGACGAGGAGAGUCGCACCUCUGGCCGGCUGCAGGAGGAGCUGAGCUCUGAGCGGCAGCGGAGCCAGCAGAUGGAGGCGAAGAUGGAGAAGCAGCUGUCAGAGUUCGACACGGAGCGGGAGCAGCUGCGUGCCAGGCUGGGCCGCGAGGAGACGGAAAGCCACAGUUUGCGGCAGCAGGUGGAGCAGCUCAGGACUGAACAGGGCGAUGGGAAAGAUGGAGCCUCUGUCUCCCAGCCUGCUGCUACUGGAGCAGAACCUGCUGCUGCCACCAGCCCACCACCCAAACCUAAAGCUCUGACGUCUGUUUCUGUAGCUACGGAGCCUAUCAGCUCUCGAACAGCGUCUUGCCAAACGGACCUGCCCCCAACUGAGGCGGAGGGUCCCAAGAAGACCCCCCUCAGUAUACCCGUCAAACCAACCCCUGCCAACUAUGUGGGCCUGAGUCUGCCAAAGACCGCUGGCCGGGGGAUCGUCCACAGCAGCUCAGGAGGACUGGCACAGACAGAAAAUGGCUCCGAAGGCCAAGCCCCCCACGGCUUACCCAGCGGAGUCAGCCCCCGUGUCCAGGCGGCCCGCUAUAAGUUCCAGGAACAGGACCAAAAUGGCACAUCGUCCCAGAGUCCUCCAUCCCGUGACCUCUCCCCCACCAACCGUGAUAACUUUGCCGCCAAGCAGCAAGCACGCCACACUGUCACACAGGUCCUCUCACGCUUCACAAGCCCUCCAGCAGGAGGUGCUGGAUCUCUUCGUCCAGGCCUGCCUCACUCAGCCUCAGAGGGAGGCCCUUUUCCCGGCCGCCUGAGCCAUCCCAUCGGCAUCAAGUCGCCCACGGUGGCCAGGAUCGACCGGGGAAACCCUCCCCCUAUCCCUCCCAAAAAGCCAGGGCUUUCCCAGACCCCCUCUCCUCCUCACCCACCCAUCAAGGUGGUGGGGGACAGCAGCCGCUCCCCUGCGGCUGGGCUGAAACCGGCCACGCCCCAGCUGCCGCCAAAACCCGCCCUGGACCUGGUCCCAGCCCUGACAGCCUCUCAGGUGGGUGCCUGCUCCCCCUCAUGCUCCCUGGAGCCCGGCCGGGGCCCUCAGCGGCAGCUGGCUGCAGCAUGUGCAGAGUGUCCCCCCGUCAUCAGCCCUGCCAUCACUGUCAGUAGCCCCUCCUCCAUAAACCCCCCCUCCACCUCCUCCUCCAUUAGUGCUUCAUCCUCCUGUAGCCCCCGUCCCUCAGCAGGCAGCCCACUGGCAACAGCAUCAGGCUGGUGUCCCUCCGUAGUCUCCUCUCUAAGCGGCGGUGGGCCUGCUGCCCUGGACGGCGGGCACCCCCUGCUACCCCAAGCUGCUUCCCAGGGAAAUGUCACUUUAUUGUCAAUGCUGCUUAACCAACCAGACCCGACCACCACCAACACCAUCAUCACUACUACUACUACUACAACCACCUCCACGUCCACCAACACUACCAACGCCAUGGACAACAAGCCCAACCUACUUGACCAAGACCACCAUUUCUACCACAACCACAACCAAACCUCUGCCUUGUUUGCUGCUGCUCAGAAUGGACACACAGAGUGUGUGAAGCUGCUGCUGUCUUCAGGAUCGCCUGCUGAUGUUUCUGCUGAAAAUGGAUUCACACCUUUACACUUCGCUGCUGCCCACGGCCACAGCAGCUGUGUGGCGGUGCUGCUUGCUGCAGGAGCUGCUGUGGAUGCGGGGGCAGCUGGUGGACAGACUCCCCUCUUUCUGGCCUGUGAGGCAGGAAGGCUGGACUGUGUCCGGGUCCUGCUGAACGCCGGAGCCGAUCGUGCGUGCAGCACCUCCGACGGCUGCACGCCUCUCCACGCUGCAGUGCGCUCAGCACAUGUGGAAACGCUGCGUCUUCUCCUCUGCCACCCGCCUCAGAGUGGUACCACUGUGAGCCCUGAUCCCCACGACACCCUGGCUCUGCCUGCCACCCUGCUGAACCAGGCCAACAAUGACGGCUGGACGGCUGCACACAUGGCCGCUGCUCUGGGCCUCAAGGAGUGUCUGGAGGUGCUGUGCAGCCACACUGAACAAGACAUCGAGAGGAGAGAUAAGUGUAAUCGCACUAUUCACGACGUGGCCACUGACGACUGCAAAGAUCUACUUGAAAACCUCUACUCGUACCGGGUCCAGGUUCGACUCCAUUCUUCAGGUGGAGUAAUGACAGACUCCAUGUGUCCUGUGGAGGCUCUAGAGGAGGAGAAGAAAGGCCUCUCCAGCAACCAGGUGUCACUGGGCAGAGUGUCAGUGGACCGUUUGAUGAGUUGGUCUCAGCUGGGCUCCACCCUCAGCUGCACCUUCACCUCCUACCUCCAGACCCUCUGUGGGGAAUCCCAGGCAGCCCGGGACGAGGCCCAACGCCCACCACUAGGACUUGGACCCGCCAGUAUUGCCUCCAUUCUUAUCGGUGACACUGAGUGGCUGCCAGGUCAGGAGCUGCCGUUCUCACCCUGGGAUCUGCUCAGAAAGCCUCUCAGCCAGUGCAUCACCAUCCGCCUCAAAGGCCUGUCUGAGUCGUGUCUCGAUGAGUUGGCUCUGGAAUACCUCUUCCCACUGCCGCUGCUGCACAACUACGUCCGCCUGGUGGAACAGUACGGGAACCUGAUCUUUCACGGGCUUGAGGGCAGCUGUCAGGAGUACAUCGCCAACCUGGUUGCUCACUGCAUCAAGUCAAAGCAGGAGGCUGCGGGGCUCGGCUGUGACGUGGUACGGGUUGAGGUGGAUGAGAGCCUGACCAAAGAGCAGCUGCUGGACACUUUCCUCACCUGUGGUUUCCUUGUUCCUACGUUGGGGUCAGGGGUCAGGGUGCCUGGCGGCAACUGUGUGGUUGUGCUGCUGGAGGGACUGGAGAAGGCUUCGUCUCUAACAGGCCUGCUGGGAGAUCUCUGCCACAGUUUGGACAACAGGAGCUCUGCAUCACCGCUGCUAUUCAACACAGGUCCCCACCACUUCUGUGAUUGCAGCUUCCUGAUUGCCACACUGUCACAGCCCCGCCUGCAGGGAUCAGAGCUCCGCCUCCAGCAGCAUUUCCGCUGGGUGACACUGCGCUGGGACCAGGAGCCACUGCAUGGCAUGCUGGGAAGGCACCUCCGCAGGAAGCUGCUUCAUAAGAUGGGGACAGGAGUUUGGUCGCCUGCUGGCGUCAUGGAGCGGUCCGUGUUGUGGGUGAGCAACGUUUGGCAGCAGCUCAACGCGUGUUUGUCCCGCCUCGGUACCCAUGAGGCUUUGCUGGGCCCGCAGCUCUUCCUUUCGUGCCCUGUGGUCCUGAACAACACACAGGCAAUCGUCAGAUGGCUGUCUCGGCUCUGGAACGCCGUGGUCGUGCCCCGUGUGGAAGAGGCCAUUAUCUCCCGGGUAACAGCCAAGCGUUCCUCCUCCUCCCCCUCCUCCUCCUCCUCCUCCUCCUUUUCCUCUCCCUCAUCCCCGUCGUUGCCGAGACUGUCUCCAAGCAACUGUGGGCUGAGUGCCGGGCAGCAGGCUGUGGUGAAAGCCGCCCUCAGCAUCCUGGUCAACAAGGCUGUUCUCCAGGGCUGCCCUCUGCCUCGACACGAGAUCGACAGGUACCUGCUGGAGUUUCGGGGCGGAGCCUUCCCUCUGUCAGCCAUCGGCUCCUACAGAGGAAGUGAGGGAGGAGGAGGGAGGAAGGGACGGGACAGUGCCAAGCUGAGACGAUCCAACACCAGCCCUCGGAAGAAAGGAGGCCCCGCCUUAAACUGGAGCUGCGGCGGCUCCUUCAGAGAGGGCUCUCUGUCUAGCACUGAUGUCAGCUUCAUCUCAAAUGGCAAAGUCCAGAGGGAGCCUGUGGGUCUGUCUGUGUUCUCUGAUGAUGAGACUGAUCUAAUCAGAGAGCUGCAGACGAUGUGCUCCAGCAAGUCCGAGCCGGACAUCAGUAAGAUCUCUCGCGCCAAAGACGACCUGAUCCUGUUCUCCAGCCCUCCCAGUGAAGCCACGCCCCCCUGCAAGGCCGAGCAGGAAACCGCUAUCCAGCAGCGACCACAGACGACGGUCACCCAUCAGUCCGUCCGCAGCUCCAACCAGGCUGCCGUCCAGAGCAGCGACCGACGUUCAGGCCCUCGCGCCAAAUCGCAGCUCCCCGUCCCCAGCAGCAGAGGGCAGCAGAUACGAGCUUCUCCUGCUGCCACCAGCAGCAACAAUAACAGCAGCAGCAGCAGCAGCAGCAGCAGCAGCAGAACCCAGACGCCCCCCAGCCGUGGCAGAACCACCACUACCACCACCAACAGCAGCAGCAGCAGACUAAAGCAGGCUCCUCCACCCAGCAGCAGCAGCAGCAGCAACAACAACUACUACCGCAACAACAUCAACGACAACAACCAAUCACACGAGGACAUCUGGAUCCUCCACAGAGAUUUGCAUGAAAACAACAACAACAAGUAGACAUUUUCUCCUUCAGCUCCCCGUCCCCGUCCCUUCCCAUGAUUCUGCUGUGAACGCCCCUCCUCCCCCCCUCCAUGAUGUAGACUAGGUACCUGACGACCGUUGACUCUUAGUAUUUGUACUUGUUAUCCGUACUUGUUACACUGUACUGCAGUUGUGUACUUGGGGACCAUAGUUUUAUUCUAUUACAGUAUUUGAAGUAUUUGAUUGUUUGGUUUUGGUAAAAAUUCAAUGUGGGGGAAAAAUGACAGAAGGUACUUUCAUGUCGCCUUAUUCCAGUGUAUGAGCCUGAGUAUGAUGGGACAGUAUUAAGAGUGCAAGAUGCAGAGUCAGAAUGAACUGUACUUCUCCUACUGGUUUAAGGCCAUUGCAGAGUAACUGAAGGUACUUACAGACGUGACCUUCUAGAGAAAAGUGUUUUUGGAUCAAAGAAAGAAACGAGCAGGUUUUAUUUUAGUUUCUGUUGUUUUUGCUAUUAAGUAUUUUGAGAUAUUCAAGUGUUUAAUCUCUAAAUAGUUGCAAGGUUGGUUUAAAUACUGUUGAAAUUAAUCAGGGUUUUACCAAAUAUAUUUGUAAAUAAGAAUUAGUAGGUUUAAAUGCUCUAUAGAUUGGUGUACGUGGUGAUGACGCUUGUACAGUGAUGAAACCUUAAAGCGAAACUGCUGAAAAAAAAAAAAGAAGACGACGACGACUUGUACAUAGUGUUUGUAAAACUAGUUUGGUUCUGAAGCCGUCACUUGUUUCAAAGUGAGGGCGCUGUGGCAAUAAGUAAUAGAAGUGUAUAAACACAGGAUGUCCUCGAUCAACUGUAAGCCAUAAUAAAUAUUUUAGAAAGCAUCUUUAACCCACCUGAGUCAUGUUCUGUUUCUCUCCCCCAGCCGAGCCACGAUGCUCUAACUCAUCCUCUCUUUUUGCUCUCCGUCCUCACCGUGUUUGUCGUAUGCUUUUCUUUUGAAAGGACAUGUGUUGUUACAAGCGGACAUUGUUUAUAUAUAAAUACAAAUCUAUCUAUACAUAUGUACAGGAGAGAUUUUAGUCAACCUUUGAUUUGGAUCUGUACGAUAGCUGUUUGAGGUUUAAAGAAUUGUCUUUCAAGCACAAACAUUAAAAAAUGACACUGAUAAAAAUCCAA